AUGGGGACUGGUCAGGUAGAUGAAACUUUACAGCUACAGGACCCUGAAGGCAACAAUAUUCACCUCCAGUAUGUAGCUGAUGAGGGUGGAUUCCAGCCCAAGGGUGCCCAUCUCCCUGUCCCGCAUCCUGACUUUGCUCGUGCCCACGCUGAGGCUCGUGCUCGCCCUUCAUUCACCGACCCCCUUGCUGAUCCAAACGCCGAUGCCUCAUAUGGCUUCCAGUUCGCUGAAGAAGGUCAGACACGUAGCGAACAAAGUGAUUCAGACGGUAAUGUGCGUGGCUCUUACACUUACACUGACGAAGAAGGUCGCACACGAACCUACACUUACACAGCCGGUCGUGGCACUGGUUUUGUUGUCGAGGGUGACGAUCUACCGCAGGCACCAGAAGUUCCUGCGUCCACUCCAGCAGCGACCAGACUCUCCUCUUUUCCUGCAGCGUUCCCUUCUUCUAGUUUGCGACCUACUUCUCCAGCAUCCUCUGCCUCCUUCAGAGCAUCUACAGCUUCAGGAGCUCCAUCUCGUCCCUUCAGCACACCUUCAGGUACCCCAGCAGGGCCCGUGUCUUUCCAAAGAAGUACUGGAAGCUCAGAUCCUUCUUAUUCUUUUUCCUUCGACGCUGGUGAUCACUCACGUUCUGAGUCUGCUGACGCUAACCUCAAUGUUGAUGGAAAAUUUUCUUUCGUGGCUGACGACGGUGUCAGACGCAGUGUCACUUACGAAGCUGGAAGUGACACGGGAUUCCUGGCUCGAGGCGAUCACCUUCCACGAGCACCACAGUCACACUCCGAGUCUCAAACUACAUCAUCUGCAUUUUCAUCAUCACAAACCCCUUACCGCAGUCCAUCAGCGUCCCUACCUUCUUCCGUCUCUAGCACCCCAACUUUCUCUCGCUCACCAUCUGCUCCACGUCUUCCCGGCUUCACAAGCUCACAAACUCAGUACAGCUCCCCGUCCUCACGUCCCUCAGCACGCCCA